CCCGAUUGGCUCCGUGGUUGCCCGGCAACGGCGGCGGGGCCGGAGGUCGCCAUGUCGGCGCGGACGCUGCCGCUGCUGUUCCUCAACCUGGGCGGGGAGAUGCUGUACAUCCUGGACCAGCGCCUCCGCGCCCAGAGCAUCCCCGGCGAGAAAGCCCGCAAAGAUGAAUGGACAGAUGUGGACAGGAAACGAGUUAUGAAUGACAUCAUCACAACCAUGUUCAAUAAAAAAUUCAUGGAAGAGCUGUUUAAACCGCAGGAACUCUAUUCCAAGAAAGCGCUGCGAACGGUGUACGACCGCCUGGCUCAUGCUUCGAUCAUGAGACUGAACCAGGCAAGCAUGGACAAGCUGUAUGACCUGAUGACCAUGGCUUUCAAAUACCAAGUGCUGCUGUGCCCUCGGCCCAAGGACAUUCUGCUGGUCACCUUCAAUCACCUGGAUGCCAUCAAGGAUUUCAUAUAUGAUUCCCCCGGGAUUAUGAAUCAGGUGGAUGAAACUUUCCGACAGCUGAUUGAGACGUAUGGCCCUCUCUCCGAUGGGGAAUUUCAGCUCAUCAGGCAAACACUCCUCGUUUUUUUUCAGGACAUGCACAUAAGGGUUUCGAUCUUUCUGAAGGAUAAAGUGCAAAACUCUAACGGCCGCUUCGUGCUGCCAAUAUCAGGCCCUGUUCCUUGGGGCACAGAAGUUCCAGGACUCAUCAGGAUGUUUAAUCACGAUGGAGAUGAAGUUAAAAGAACUGAGUUCACCACUCCUGGAAAUUAUGUUACUCCACAAAGGGAAGGAUCUUUUGGUCUUUAUGGAGACAGAGUCCUCAAACUCGGAACAAAUAUGUACAGCGUUAGUCGGCCAGUAGAGACACACAUGUCAGGAUCAUCCAAACACUUGGCAUCCCGUGCAAAGGAGAAUGUAAUCCCUAAUCCUCUUGCUAAAGAAGAACUGAACUUUCUGGCCAGGCUGCUGGGAGGUCUGGAGAUCAAGAAUCCCAGCGGCAGCGACACGGGAUUUCGGCUGAAUUUGUUCACAACCGACGAGGAGGAAGAACAUGCUGCACUGACUAGACCCGAGGAGUUAUCAUACAAGGUUAUCGACAUAGAAGCCACCCAGGAGCCGGCCCGGCGGGAGGAGCUCUCCUGCAUGCUGGAGGAGCUGGAGGCGGCGGAGCCGCGCCCGGCGAGCUCCGGGAAGGGCGAGGACCUGCUGGCGCUGAUGGACGGGCUCUGAGCGACGUUGCGGUGCAGCUCAGUGUCUCCCCGUUCCCAGCCGGGGCAGAGCUCGGUGUCUCCCUGUUCCCAGCCGAAGGCACGCGAUGGAGGUCAGCCACUCGGUCAAGGAGCGCACCAUCGCGGAGAACAGCCUGGUCAUCCUGCUGCAGGGCCUGUGCGGUCACGUCACCACCGUGGACCUCCGCGACGAGAGCACAGCCACGGGGCGCGUCACCAACGUGGACGCCUUCAUGAACGUGCGGCUGGCCGAGGUGACCUUCACGGACAGGCAGGGCACCGUGUCCCAGCUGGAUGAGCUCUUUGUGACCGGCAGGAACAUCCGCUACGUCCAUAUCCCCGAUGAGGUGGACAUCAGGGCCACCAUCGAGCGGCAGCUCCAGGCCAUCCACAGGGUCCGCUACUUCGGAGGCCGUGACAAGGGCAGGAAGGAGUUCCCUCGUGCCAAGCACAAGUGAGCCCACGGCCGGGCCAGCAUGGACCUGCCCCUUUGGACUGCCAGGCACCUCUGCACCUCACCCCAGACACCCCACCCGGGCACACGGGGCUCUGCUCCUCCCCUGGCCGGUGCCCACGGGGGAGCAGGGUUAUUCUUUGUGAUAAAUAACCCCAUUUAAAAGGG